AUGGCGGAUAUACUCAUUGCAGUUCUGGGGGUUACUGGUGCUGGGAAAACCACAUUCAUCUCCAAGGCUACUGGUCGGAAUGAUCUGAGAAUAGGUCAUGGCCUAGCAUCAUACCCGGCUAACACUUGGGAAGGCACUCAAGAGAUUUCUUCAUCCCGUCUUGAGAUUGACGGCAAGCGCGUUGUUCUCAUUGAUACCCCGGGGUUCGAUGAUACCACAAGAACAGAUGGUGAUAUCCUAGAGCUUAUUGCUACGCACUUGGCGGCUACAUAUGCUCAAGGUCAACUACUAUCUGGUAUCAUUCUCCUACAGCCGAUCAAUGGCAACCGAGUUCAAGGUAGUGAAAGGAAGAGAAACCGGUUAUUUGAGAAGGUCUGCGGCGCAAAGGCAUUCUCGAAGGUAAUCAUCGCUACCACGAUGUGGAGCGACCUCGGAAACGAUUCUAUUGGCACCCAACGAGUCGAAGAACGACGAAGAGAAGCCGAUUUCUGGGGUGGGAUGGUAGCGAAUGGAGCAACAACAGUCCGCCAUGACAACAAUUACGAGUCAGCUCGAAAAAUUAUCAGAAUGGUACUAGCCAAGAACAGCGGACCAGUAGUUCUUCAAAUGCAACAAGAGCUUGUCCAGAAUGAUGGACGAUUAGCUGCGACAUCCGCUGGACGACAACUCGGACUGGAUUUACGAGAACAAGUCGAGGCUCUGAAAGCGGAGAUUGAAGAGUUAAAGAGAUAUCCCGGAAUUCCAGAUCAACAGUUGAGACUGGAACUUCAAGAGCUACGACAGAAGAUGGCGGAGGCGAAUUAUGAACAGGAGAAAUUGAGCAGAAGAAGGACACGAUCCAACAAUGGGCAACCGCAGCAGGAGGCAUAG